AACAAAAUAGAAAUAAUGUCAGCCCCGUCUAUAUUAUUGAGUGAUCUCUUGCACUCUUACGUGCACAUAUCUAUCUAUAUUAAACGUCUAAUUACCCUACUAGAGAGUCUAACUAAGAUUAUUCUCAUGAUUUUUUGGUAAAUAGCUAGGAUUGUGGGAAUCGAGGCCGACCGACAUCUCAGGGACUAUUCAUCAGCUAAACUGAUAAUUUGCCAAAUAAGGAAGGGAGAAGAAGUGUGAAGUUUAUUUUGGACCUACCCAAAAGGAAAGUGUGGAGUUUAUUUAGGACGGGAGGGAGUAUGAAUUUGCAGGUAUACGACAUAAAGAACUGAGAGGUGAUGUAUAAGUUGGACAGUUUCAAAUAGUUUAUGACAUAAGAAAUAAACAUCCAUUUCAAUCAUAUCGGCGAAGAUGAAGUUUAUGAAGAUAGGAGCAAGACCAGAUACCUUUUACACCGAAGAUGGUACAAGGGUGAUAAGUUCAGAUAUGCCAAGUGAUCUUACUAUCAAAAUCAACAACAUAACCUAUCAUCUUCACAAGUAUCCACUUCUGCAAAAGUGUGGACUCCUACAAAGACUCAUAUCAAAUACAGAAGAUUCGGACAAUGUUACCCUCGAACUGCAUGAUACUCCAGGGGGAGAAGAGGCGUUGGAGAUAUGCGCGAAAUUCUGUUACGGGAUGACCAUUAAUGUCAGCGCACAUAACUUCGUCCCCGUUUUCUGUGCCGCGAAGUUCCUUCGAAUGACGGAGGCAUUCGAGAAGGGGAAUUUGGCGGUCAAACUCGAGGCGUUUUUAGCUUCGUGCGUACUGGGAGGCUGGAAGGACUCGAUUCUGGCGCUCCAGACGACGGAGAAGUUAGCCGAUUGGGCCGAAAAUGUCGGCGUGACCCGGAAGUGUAUCGACUCGAUCGUUGAGAAAAUCUUAACCCCUCCGGCUAAGGUCAGGUGGUCAUACACUUGCAGUCGCCAUGGAUUCGACAAAAAGCAAGUAAAAUCGGCGCCGAGAGAUUGGUGGACGGAGGAUUUGGCCGUGCUUGGGAUAGAUCUCUUCCGGUGUAUAGUCACAACCGUUAGAUCAAGCGGAUCUCUGCCGCCUCAGCUCAUCGGCGAGGCCUUACACGUCUACGCCGGCCGGUGGCUACCAAACACCAGAAAGUCGAAAUUGCCCUCAAUCGGAGGGAUCGACAGGAAGCGGAAUAUUCUGGAGACAAUUGUGAGUAUGAUCCCUAGCGAUGGAGACUCUGUUUCACUUAGAUUCUUACUGAAGCUGCUUAGCGCGGCAAAUUACUUAGGAGCAUCUAUGGUGGCGAAAGCAGAGCUGAUAAGGCGAUCGGGGGAGAGGUUGCAUGAGGCAAGGGUGAAUGACUUGUUGCUGCCGCCAUCUCAGGCUGGUGAUGAAACUGGAAGCGGCUUUGAUGUUGAAUUGGUCGGGGUUGUUUUAGAGAGUUUCCUGAGGCAAUGGAAAAGGCAGGCGGCGGGUGAAGAGAAGGAAUCGGCGAUGAGGAAGGUGGGAAAGCUGAUGGACUGUUAUGUUCAAGUUGUUGCUAGGGAUGAUCCUAAAAUGGCAGUUGAGAAAUUGGUGUCUCUGGCUUCUGCUGUUCCAGAUGUUGCCCGACCACUUCAUGAUGAACUUUACCAGGCAGUCAACAUUUAUCUUAAGGUACACCCCAAUCUAAGCAAAGCCGACAGGAAGCUGCUCUGCCGUAUUCUGGACUGCCGUAAACUAUCACCAGAAGUAUGUGCGCACGCGGUGAGGAAUGAGCGGCUGCCAUUGAGAACCGUAGUGCAAGUACUCUACUUUGAGCAGGAAAGGGGUGCCGCUAGAACCACCACGCCCAUUCAACUUUCAACACCCAAAGGAGAUUUUAAUGGACUUGGAAAUAAACUGAAGUUGGAUUCAGAUGAUCAGCGGCCACAAAAGGCAACAGAUGAGAACCAGAGACGAAGAAGAAGAACUGUAGUUCAUGAUGAUGAAGAGCUGCAAUACAACUGCACAAGAUUGGAUGUUUCAGGAUCAGUGUCAACAAAGGGGAGAGAAAUUGGUGAAGAAAAGGAAAUACGUGGAAGUACUAAUAAAAAGACACUUCCUCGUUGACAAUGAGCCCUGCACAAUAAGGAUACAUAUAGUCUGCAUUGCAAUCAAAUUCAAUGAGCACUAUGGUUUUCAUGAAUAUAAUGCCAAAUACUUCGUAUAUCUGGUUGAAAAAUCUUAGAAUUGUGUGCAAAGGUGCAUGGAGCAUGCAAUGGUAGAUUGAUGAUAUUAUUGAUUUGUAUAUGGGAUUGUUCAUUUGAUACAUUCAAGAAAAAUUUCUUAGUUUGGUGUCACGACAAAAAUACUCUUAAAAGAGAUGACUUGAAAAAACACCAUUUAAUAGAUGUUUUUUAUAUGGACUUAUUUGAGUCUUAAACCA